AUGGAAGCCUGCGUUGGAAGCAGAUGGGGCGCCAUCGCGGGUGAUGUGCAAGAUGCGCCAGGAGUGCUUGCGCGACUCGACCAGCCACAAAUAGAAGAUUUGCUCAUCGGGCUCUACUGCUGCGAUGCGCAGUUAUGCGGUGUUGACAAUAUUGCAUUGCCUGGUUAUGACCCGAACGUCGACCUUAUAAUCAACGUUUGUUCAAGUUUAGGUUAUGAACCAAUCCGAGAUCCUGGUCCACCAGCAGUUACGCAUACCUGCGUUAACACGCUUUUGCCCAGUAGUGAUAUAUCUUGUUCAAGGACGACAAUUUUGCCAACAAAAAGCUCUACUUGGUCAAGUUACCAGACGACGAGGCCAUAUUACACCACGUCGUCAACGAGGCCGUAUUACACUACAUCAUCAACGACGCCGUAUUACACUACAUCAAUAACGACAACGGACAAUACCGCCUCGACGAGCGAGGAGAGCACAUCAUCGACGACAGACACGAGUAUAGCGUCAACCACCACGCAGAGCGUAACUUCGACGACCGGUUCGUCAAGCGGUGGCACAACUACCAGUGCGGCUAUGACGAGUACCAGCGGGACCAGCGCGGCACCACCCACAAUAUCCUCUCUCGAGGAUCCGUGGCUUGGGGAGAAUCUAUCCGGGGGACCAAACGACGCAACGGGUGGCCUUUCCACCGCAGCAAAGAUUAUAAUAGGGGCUGCGGUUGGCGGUGCGAUUCUAGUGGCAAUCAUUGCUGUCCUGUGGCACUACCGGUAUGGCAGAAAAGCCCGAGAGGCACAACCGCCGGCAGGAGACAGUCAACCAAGCCUGGUCCUUGUACCGCCAAUCUCCCCCACUUCACCAUUUUUGACUCCGUCACCGUCAUAUCUAGGUCGUGAUGGAGUACCACUUACACCGCCGCCGAGACUUCAAGAGAGACGAUUGCUCCCAACGGGGUCGACAGAGCAACUCAUUGAGAGAGGCCCGUCACGCUUGCACCAGGGAUUCCACCUUCCAACCGCAUCAAGGUCAGGCAUUGCUUCGCCAUAUGGUUCGACUGUUAGUCCCCCACUGGCUAUGAACGCAGCUGCAGCGAGCGCUGCCCUCGCGGCGGACCGGACGCCACCGUCACCACAUCGUGGGCGCAGCCCUUACCUCAGCCCGACACGAAGCCAAUUUGCCUCGAUUUCAUAUGCGUCGUCACUGGCUGACCCAGGGCCGCCUCCGAGUCGAGACCUCCCGAGUACACCAUCCAGAACGGCAACAACGCAGUCUGGGGGGCCGUCGCGCGCAGAUAUAUCUCCCAAUGCGAUCGGCGUGGCGCUGGCGUUUCCACCCCGAGAGGACAACAUAUCCACUCAAGUUAGCAGCGAGAGCGGGGUUCUACCGCAUGAGGAUAACGUAUCCGCUCAAGUUAGCAACGAGAGCGGCGAGAGCUCUGAAUCCAAGAUCAUGACGGGCCCUAUGCGCGGGACGUGGGGGGAUACUUGGGGGGGCAAGGGGGCCAGGGCCGAAGCGCCGCCGGCGCAUCUGGCACCACAGACGCCGACGACGCGCACAAGUCGCAGUCCCAUCCUCCAAGAGCAAGAGUUGGCGAGAAUGGCAGGAUCAUACUGA